UAAAAUCAGUUAACCAACUCUUCCUGUUCUUAUUUUGAAUUCCUUCCCCGGUGACACUCCACUUACCUACCACAAUGAAGGAGCCCUCUCAACUGAAACUACACCGUCAUCCACUUCAACCACCUCAUUCACCUCCCUUAUAAAACCAGAACGAAUCAUUAACAAGCAAGAAUCUUAAUUAUUACCCAAGUUGUUCAACAAUGGUGAGUGUUUUUUCAUCGACUACAAUGGCAGAGAAGAUCUCUUUCUGCUGUGCUUUGAUGAUGACGACUCUUCUGGUUUUGAGCUGCUGUGAAGUCGGCGGAAGAGGAAGCGAUUUUAACUUCAUUGUGAAUCAGAAGGGUGUUAUGAACAAGGGUUGCGAUGAGAUUUACGUGGUUGGAGAAGGCGAGAGCUUGCAUACCAUUAGUGAAAAAUGUGGAGAUCCUUACAUUGUUGAAGAAAAUCCUCAUAUUAAUGAUCCUGAUGAUGUUUUUCCUGGCUUGGUUAUCAAGAUUACCCCUUUCAAUCUUAGGUAAUAAACUCUCAUUUUCUGUACAUUUAAUUUUCAAUCAUAUUGUCUUGUAUUCUGUAUUUUUUUUUUAAAAAAAAAAAAAAAUGAUCAGUCAUC